AGGCCUCGGGAGAGACAUGGCUGGGCAGUCCGUGAGCGUGCAGGCCCUGGUAGCCACACUCCUGAUUUUUCUCGCCACGGUCUCUGAAUCCACCGGCCCUAGCAGCAGGGAAAUUUGGGGAGCCUCGCGGAUCCCUUCCCAGUUCAGCGAGGAGGAGCGCGUCGCUAUAAAAGAGGCGCUGAAAGGUGCCAUCCAGAUUCCCACGGUGUCUUUCAGCCAUGAGGAAUCCAACACCACAGCCCUCGCUGAGUUUGGAGAAUACAUGCGCAAAGUGUUCCCGACAGUGUUCCACAGCAGCCUGAUCCAACAUGAAGUCGUGGGAACGUACAGCCACCUGCUUACUGUGCAAGGCUCGGACCCCAGUCUGCAGCCCUACAUGCUGAUGGCUCACUUUGAUGUGGUUCCAGCCCCUGAAGAAGGAUGGGAGGUGCCCCCGUUCUCAGGCCUGGAGCGUGAUGGCUUCAUCCAUGGCCGGGGCACACUGGACAACAAGAACUCUGUGAUGGCAAUCCUGCAGGCCUUGGAGCUCCUAUUGAUCAGAAACUAUAGCCCUAGAAGAUCUUUCUUCAUUGCUUUGGGCCACGAUGAGGAGGUGUCUGGGAUAAAGGGCGCUCAGAAGAUUUCAGCACUCCUACAGGCUAGGGGCGUUCGGCUGGCCUUCCUUGUGGAUGAAGGGAGCUUUAUCAUGGAAGAUUUUCUUCCAAACCUCAAGAAGCCCUUUGCCAUGAUUUCCGUCGCAGAGAAGGGUGCCCUUGAUCUCAUGCUGCAAGUGAACAUGACUCCAGGACACUCUUCAGCUCCCCCAAAGGAGACUAGCAUUGGUAUCCUUUCCGCCGCCGUCAGCCGACUGGAGCAGACACCCAUGCCGAAUAUGUUUGGGAGUGGGCCACUGAAGCAGGCACUGAAGCUGCUGUCAAAAGAGCUUUCCUUCCCUGCCAAUAUAGUCUUGGGGAACCUGUGGCUGUUUCGGCCCAUUGUAAGCAGGCUAAUGGAGAGGAAUCACAUAACCAACGCCAUGGUCAGAACCACCACCGCCCUCACCAUAUUCAAUGCAGGAGUCAAGGUGAAUGUCAUCCCCCCACUGGCUCAGGCUACAAUCAACUUCCGGAUUCACCCUUCACAAACAGUACGUGAGGUCCUUGAACUUGUCAAGAACAUUGUGGCUGAUGACCGAGUCCAGUUACAUGUGCUGAGGUCUUUUGAGCCCCUGCCCGUCAGCCCCUCCGAUGCCAAGGCCAUAGGCUACCAGCUGCUUCAACAGACCAUACAGUCUGUCUUCCCGGAAGUCAAUAUUGUUGUCCCCGGUAUCUGCAUUGCCAACACAGACAGCCGGCACUACGCCAACCUCACCAACGGCAUCUAUCUGUUCAACCCCGUUUUCUUGCAGCCUCAGGGCUUCAGUAGUAUCCAUGGAAUCAAUGAGAAAAUCUCCGUGCAGAACUACGAGAACCAGAUGAAGUUCAUCUUUGAGUUGAUCCAGAAUGCAGACACCUACAAGGAGCCAGUUCCUCAUGUGCAUGAACUCUGAGGCCAGGAUACAGCUGGGUGAGGGGUGCCCGACCCUGGGCAGGACUAACCUACAGGGAGAGACAGAGGCUGUGUUGACGAAAGGUUUGGUGGAACCACCUUGCACUGCGGAGUUCAUCUGCAUGACUCCCUCCUUCACUCACCAUAGACCGAGCACCGAGGAGGAGGAGAUGAGCAGAAUCCAGCCUGUCAUUUCCAUGUCUGCCCUCUUCUCCUGAGUGGCCUCAGCGGCCGCUGUCCUGCCCUAGAAGGUGCUGGCCUGUCUCACUAGUCCUCUUCCCCAGCCUGCCUUAACAAAUGCAGAUUUUGGAAAAAUCUCAGGAAGGUUUUAUCUAGAUAGAAUGUUAACUUAGGGUACUUGAGCUGGAUUGCCUCCUAGGGUUUCCCUUCUCCUGCCAUCCACUCUCUUCUUGGAUGUGGGAGCUGCCUCUCCUGCCUCUGCUACCU